CUUGUCACGAGAAUAUAGAAGAGGUGUUUGGGGAAGAAGAAAAUGAAGGAAUUUUCGAGGAAACAAUAGAUUCGGAAACUGGAGCAAACAAAACCGUAUUCUUUUGAGAAAGUGACUUGUGGGCGUUCGAUAACGUUUGCUGGUGAAUAUUGCAUGAUCGAUUAUGAAUGAUUGUUGCAAUGGACUUGAAUGUCUCCCCAGUACCUGAAGAAGAUGAAGAGACUUUUGAUAGGCAUAUAGAAGAGUACAGUGCACCUGAACACGAAGAACGUGUAGAGUCUGCAGUCGACAUCGCUCGUCGGGAGCGUGAAGAAAGACGUAUGCGACUAAAAAGAGACCGCACAGAUGAUAGGCCAAUGCAAAUGUCUCAACCACCUUACUAUGAUCAAUUUCAAGCAAAAACACAAAAAACUUAUGACAAGAGCAGGCUGCCCCCUGGUUGGUUGGAUUGCCCUCCAGUUGGUAACGAAAUAUGUUGCAUGAUCCCUUCUAAGGUUCCACUUGGUGAAUCUUAUAAUGAUUGUAUUCUUCCGGGUAAAAGAUACUCGUUCAAACAAGUAAUUCAUCAACAGAGGGUUUUAGGAAGAAAAGUAAGUACUUUAGGAAUAAAACUUGGUUUAGUGAUUGAUUUGACAAAUACUUCUCGUUACUAUCAAACAAUGGAUCUAAAGAAAGAGGGUAUUAAACAUGUUAAGAUCCAAUGCAAGGGGCGUGGCUCUGUGCCUGACAAUCCAUCUGUCAACCAGUUUGUCUACGAGGUUUCUCAGUUCCUUUUGCGUCAGAAACACGCAAAGAAGUAUAUACUCGUUCAUUGCACACAUGGGCACAAUCGGACAGGAUAUAUGAUUAUCCAUUACCUGAUGCGUUCACAGAUGUCAAUGACUGUCACUCAGGCAAUUGCUAUUUUUGCUGAAGCACGCCCUCCAGGCAUCUAUAAACCUGAUUACAUCGAAGCAUUAUAUGCAUUUUACCAUGAAAGGAAGCCCGAAAAGGUUCUUUGCCCACCAACGCCGGAGUGGAAAAGAUCUUCUGAAUUCGAUCUUAAUGGAGAAGCAGUGCCAGAUGAUGAUGAUGAUGGAGGUUCAGCUGCUCCGGUGCAUGAGAGUCAUGAGUUAGAUGUAGUGAUGACAAAUGAUGAUAUUUUGGGAGACGAGAUACCUUGGGACCAGCAAGAAGCACUGCGGCACUUCUGCUAUCAAUCUCUUAAGUUGGGCGGCGGGACAAGAGGGAACUCCCACUUCCCAGGGUCACAUCCAGUCUCGCUAAACAGGGACAAUUUACAGCUGCUGAGGCAACGAUAUUAUUAUGCGACAUGGAAAGCUGAUGGGACACGAUAUAUGAUGCUAAUAACUAUUGACGGCUGCUACUUGAUUGAUAGAAGUUUCAACUUUAGAAGGGUUCAGAUGAGAUUUCCUUGCAAACCCACAAGCGAUGGUUUUGCCGAGAAGACUCAUCAUUUCACAUUACUUGAUGGAGAGAUGAUAAUUGACACCCUGCCAGAUUCACAGAAGCAGGAGAGAAGAUAUCUCAUAUAUGAUCUGAUGGUGAUUAACCAAAUGUCUGUCAUAGAGAGACCUUUUCAUGAAAGGUGGAAGAUGCUUGAGAAAGAAGUGAUUGAACCUCGUAAUCAGGAACGCCAUAGUAUUUACCAGAGUAGGAAUCCUUAUUAUAGAUAUGACUUGGAACCAUUCAGGGUGAGAAGGAAGGACUUCUGGUUGCUCUCUACUGUUACAAAGCUUUUGAAGGAAUUCAUUCCUAGGCUGUCUCAUGAUGCUGAUGGUCUAAUUUUUCAGGGCUGGGAUGAUCCGUAUAUUCCCCGAACUCAUGAAGGCCUCUUGAAGUGGAAAUAUCCUGAGAUGAACUCUGUUGACUUUUUAUUCGAGAUUGGUGAUGAUGAUCGCCAGCUACUUUUCCUUUAUGAACGGGGGAAGAAGAAACUGAUGGAAGGAAAUAGGGUUGUCUUCAAAGAUGGUUCAGAUCCCUCAAUUUACUCUGGAAAAAUUAUCGAGUGUUCUUGGGAUCCUGAAGAACAAGUGUGGACGUCUAUGCGUGUUAGGACGGACAAAAAUACUCCAAAUGAUUUCAACACUUACAAAAAGGUCAUGCGGAGCAUAAGGGACAACAUCACAGAAGAGGUCCUGUUGAAUGAGAUAUCUGAGAUUAUUCGCCUGCCUAUGUAUGCUGAUAGGAUUCGGAACGAUAGCAAAGCUGCCCACCAGCAUGCAAAUUCAGGGCGGAGGAGGUGACGAGUGAGAAAUUCUUGUUCAAGACGCAUCGUCCUGCUCUUGUGAGUCGUGGACAGGGUUCUGUUAACUUCAAAUUGCGUUUGUUUCCGGCAUGUCAAUAGAUGACUCUCAAGAGAUAAUUUCAUGUAAUUAGCUACACUUAGUUGCUAUUAUUUGUAGCGUAGUGCUGUGCCGGUGAGUUGCAUGAUCCGGCUGGUAUGUCUGAUGGCCCUCAGAAUCAAGAGCUUUUAAACUGUUUCGUUCUGGUAGUUGAUCUAGAUCAAGUUGUUUAGGUUUAGGUUUCUCCAUGUAUAUUAAUAUGAUAUUAGUGUAAGUUGUUUAAAAGUAGCCAUUUUUUUGCGA